CCGCAUUGGUCUGAUGACACGCGUCAGUCAAAACACCGUGUAUUUGCUCCCCGGCGAAGCUGUUCUCAAGGAAGGGGCCGUCAACGGCGGGAAGCUUUUGCUCACAAAUUACCGGUUCAUUUUUGUCACAAUCGUUCCGGACAACAUAUGGAGCAUCCCGUUGACGCUUAUCAGUAAACUGGAAGUUGUCGAUCUUCUUUACCUUCGAAUCACCACGAAACUUGGCUUAUCUCUAUCGUGUGAGUUCGAAGAGGACACUACAUGUGAACUGUGGUUGGGAUGUAUCACAAGAGCUGCUGAUAGAACGAGUGUGCUUGAAGACAGCUUCUGUUUUCGGUUUCGGGGCAGCCUACAAUGUGUCAUUCCGGAACAUCCGUUUUUAUUUGGUUGGUUUUCCCUAGUAGUUUUAACACUUACGAUUUUUUCAUGUGUAGGUACGAACAAACUUCUCUGGGGAGCUACAGAAUGUUCCAUUUCAGAUGGGGCUAGUCGCUCAGGACCAAAUCUGGUCUGUCGUGAACUGUCCCGAAUGGGGUUCAAUGAGGCGUGGAAAGUAACCGACGCAAAUAAAUCCUUCAAAAUUUGCCCUUCUUAUCCGGAAUAUCACAUUGUCCCGAGAGAUGUUGAAGACAGCGUGAUUGCCAAAAUAGCAGAUUUUCGUACCAACAGACGCUUCCCCUCAGUGGUUUGGAGGUCUCAAACAACCGGUGCCGUGCUUUUGCGUUGUUCCCAGCCGUGCGUUGGUCUGAUGGGCUAUCGUAAUGAGUUUGAUGAACAAUUUAUGUGCAACGUUUCGCGGAGUUGUCAAAAGAAUCCCGGAUCAAGACCUAUCACUGGUCCAAAGCGUCUCCUGAUCGUUGAUGCGAGAACUUUCAGGGUAGCCCAGUUGCGCCGUUUGCUAGGCGGUGGUUAUGAACAUACAGCCUACUACGACGACGCUGAAAUUUGCUUCAUGGACCUUCCAAAUCUACAUAAAGUGAGGCUUAGCUUUGAAAGCCUGGUCCAACUGUAUGCGAUGGAUUCUGACGCCAGUUGGUUUUCCUUACUGGAAAAGACUUACUGGUUAACUUAUAUCAGCCAACUUCUCAAGUGUUCUGUUGAUAUCGCUACUGAGUUAGAGUCGGUUGGACGCCUUGUGAUGAUACACUGCACGGAUGGAUGGGAUCGGACAGCUCAGCUGAGCUCCCUGGCGCAACUCCUAUCUGACCCGUACUACCGAACAAUCCAGGCAAGUUUGCAUGUCUACACUGGUUUCGCUGUGCUAGUUGAACGGGAAUGGCUUCAGUUCGGACACAAAUUUGCUGACCGUUGUGGCCAAGGAGGACUCAACCCGAGCAAUCCUGGUGAACAGAGUCCCAUUUUUCUGGAAUGGUUGGACUGUGUACACCAAGUUCGUCUUCAGUUUCCCCACGAGUUCCAGUUCAAUGAGCUAUUCCUAGUUAAACUUGCUGUUCAUGUCUACUCUGGACUAUUCGGCACAUUCUUGUGCAAUUCGGAGCAGAGCCGUCAAGAAGCACAGAUUGCGAGCAAAACCUGUUCGGUUUGGGGGCUGCUGUCUCAUCGGUUUAACUGGACUGUUGUCAAUCCCUCUUAUCAGCCAAGUGGAGAGAAUCUUUUGAAGCCGGACUGGAAGCUUUCUUGCCUGCGUUUAUGGAAUUCCCUGUAUCGGAACGCCCUUCUUCCAUCCUGCCGAAGUUCGAUCGGUGUUAUUUCCUUGAACAGUGUCCCAGCCAGCAUGGAGCAGGAAAUUACGGAUAGUGUGUCAGGUCACGUGCACUGCCAAGCAGACGCACCAGCAGAACUUACAGUCAGUGCGGGGCCGGGAGGGGUCACCUGUACUGAUUACUUCUAUACUGACAAAACUGUCUCUCCCGAAGACUGCUGUGCAGAUCAUGCAGGAUCUGGUGUGCCAGUGCGCAUGGAUGAGCCGUUGAAACAGUCCGAGGCUGUUGAUUUGCCAAUCAAAACAACUUGUCCUAACAGUUUACGCCGCAACUUCUUGAGUGAUCUAACCAACACUCCUUUCCCGGACACCGAAUUAAGUGCCUUGGAUACCAAGUGUGAAUCUCACUUACGGAUAGAUAAUAAUGUGGCCACUUUGUCAGUCUCCUCGACAAAUGACGAUAAUCCUCUGGCACCAAUAACACCGGGGAUCGAUCUUACCGACUACCAUCGUGAACUAUCCGAUGCUAGCUUAUCACGUUUAGGAUGUCCACGGUUACCAAGUAUUUCUUCACGUGAUGAUCUGUUUCUUUCCUACAGACGUAGUUGCAUCAGUCCUCGACGUAGAGGUUCGUUUUCUACCGAUAACGGAUCAGGUGUAUUUUUUCCCGACGAAGAUUUGGAUUCGGCGUUUCCUGUUCAGGUCACCUCGCCCAGUCACCGAGCCUCACUCAUCAUUGGACAGUAUUGCGCCUCUGACGAUGAAUCUCUCGCCAGAUGGGAUGAUUGUACAUCUCACGUCAACGACCUGACGACGGCCUCAAUCAAAAUACAACCCAAAGCUGAUUAUACAGGUUUACUCAACAGUGUCACUGAAAAACCGAAUCACAAACGAGUAGAUCCUGUUCCUUCUCAGAGAAGUCAAUGUAAUCGAACUGAGGUAGACGUGCUUGAUGGGCCUAUAUGUGAGGGUAGUAUGAGCUCUUGGUCCUAUUCAGCAACAAAAGCUUCCACACCUGGUUUGGAUAUGAAAACCGUAGCUGUUGACUGUACGGACAUGUUUGAAGCCGCGCACUCAGGUCCGUCAGAUUACACGGUACAUAGUCUACCCGAAGGUGGAGCUGUACUCGUUGGCGAGCUUUCGAGUGAUUUGGAAAUAUCCAGUGCAGAGUUUCCGACGGAAACUAACGGUGCCUCCAUCCAAGUUGAUCGGCAACGCUUUAUGGAAGACGAUUUUCCAGGAGAACCUGAAGAACUGGACGAUUUCUACCCGCGUUGGCGCCAUAUGUAUUUCAUGCGUUGUGUAAUUGGGACUCCAUCCAACCUGUUAAAGACGGAAUCUCAGGAAGUUCGCUUGCCUCUCGCGCCACUUGCUAUUUCAGUUGACGCAUCCUGUCGAGAUUCACGUUCAGUCAACCAAACGAAUGCUCGGCCUGUUUCUGCUCCGAGUAGUCCUAUUCUUCCCGAGCCGCGGCCAUCCGUAUUUUGUUCGCAGCCGGCCACAGCCCUUCCGAAUCCAGUUUGCAAUGUGCAAGCCGGCUCGGUUGUUAAUAUCCAUCCUUCUAAUGGUGACCGCGGCUGCUGUCCUCUUUCCCACUCGGCCAUCCUGGAUAAUUCAUCUAUUGAUUGGGAUGGACUUCCCUCCUUGGUCGAUGAACGUGCGAGAGCGAAUCACGUCCGUACCUGUGUGGAACAGUCUCAUCUGAAGAUGCAGAUUACCAAGUUGACGGAAGAGCUGACGGAAUUGCGUGCCAAGUUGGCGAGAAUAUCUUUCAGACCGGAAGAAGCCAAGAGAAAUUCAGUAACCUCUUUAUCACCUCAAUCCAGCCAUCUCACGACUGCUCGCUACUCCGACCAUUCGAACCGUUUUUCUCGAAGAAGUUCUCCAGACUCAAUCCCGUCCAUUCCCCGACCGACUUUGGAUAUCAGUGAAGUUUCUAGGACAAUUGUACCGGCAUUGGGUCCCGCUGACGCUCAUCGCGAUUCCAAUCACAUGGAAAUCUCUUCCUACGAAUUGGUUCACCCCCUGCAAGUCUCCACUGAUAUCCUUCCCGAAGCCGAUCUAACCCUGUUUCCUUGCACGACCCUUAUAAGCACUACCACUGUUUGUUCGGGAGAAUCGGUCCCAGAUAAGACGAUAUGCGAAAAGAAUGUGUCUCCGCUUUAUCACAACUCAUCGGAGGUGAUUGCUCCAAACGGCUUGCCGGACAGCGGCGUAAUGCUACCCGAAUCAGAAAUGCUAAUGGAGCGUUCGGACAGCCAAGGUUCAUUGAAUACUCCACUGGAUUUGCUGCGGCCUCUGUCUGGCCUGCAUCGUAGCAAUUCCUCCCGUUUUCCUCCAUUACACUUCUGCGCUUCUGCCAGUCUUUUGUCUGCAGCAUCCGCGGGGCACUUCCCAGGUGGCAACAGCAUUUCACGCUCCCCUUCUUCACGGUGUCGGAGCGCCGCCAGCGGAACGGAAUCCACUGCAUCUCCGGCCGCGUCGGACGGAAUAGCUCAAGCUUAACCAGCUUCACCAUAUUUGGCAUAUUCUCAGGGGCUUCCGCAAAACCCACCUAUCUCGUCAUCGUGGGAGUUACAUUUCUCAAUCACCUCGGUUGCAUUACGGUCCAAGUCACCUUGUCUUUCACUUAUUCAUUUUGGUAUCUACCCUGUAGUUGUCUGUCCCUUUGUUUUCCGUUCACCAUCCUUUGUCACUGGUACUUCUCUCCGCAUACACUGACAAGUUGAAAUCUUUCCUGUAUGUUGUUUUAUCGAUUACCUGUCAGCAUGUUUACACGUUCGUCGGUCACGUGUUUCGAUUCACGUUACUGAAUGGUAUGCUCCUCUUGCUGAGAUAAACGCUGUUCACCUGAGUUUACGCUCCAUCUAUUGGACGUUUCAUAUCUGUUAACUGUCUGUCUAAACUUGGAUCAACUUCAAACAGUUCUUGCUAUCAGUACUUGAUGUUAACCUGUCAAGGGAAAACGGCAGGCGUCUGUAGCUACUUGUGUUACCUUCCUUCGUCAUUCUUGAAGCGCACGAGAUUGUGCAUCAGACGCUGUUCCUGCUUCGCUGUAUUUCAAUCCCACCUUCUUUAAUCGUGGUACCUAAUAUUUUACUGACUUCCUGUGAUUAUCUCCUGCUAAAACUUCAAUUUAGAUUUUUCUGUUUGGGAAUAAUUCAAGAUUGUUAACGAAGUUGGUGAUUCGUGAAGUUCAUUACCCUAUUUCUCACUCGGG